UUCACCUCGAUUGAGAGAGCUUAGGGUUUGCCUUUUGUGUUUUCUGCUGGAAUGGGCUUGUGGACCUUGCUGGAAGGAUUCCUGCUUCUUGCAAAUGCAUUGGCUAUCUUAAAUGAGGACAGAUUUCUGGGUCCAAGAGGAUGGAGUUUCUCAGAGGUUUCGGCAGGUGGCCGAACAAAAUCUCUCAAAGGGCAACUCACAUCUUGAACUUAAUCAUCGUGGUUGUGAAGUUUGUUUCAGGAUGAGAUGUGAGGUAA